AUGAAAGGUACUGUCGGAAUUUUUGACAACCCAUUUAUACCAGACUCGAUCUACUCAAUUCAAGAACAAAGCGUAACCGUACCCGUUAGUAACAAUUCGUCAUCACCAAAACAUCUCAAUUUAAACGAUAUUCAAUAUCGAUAUAUUACAUCGGAUGUACCAAAACCAGGAGCUAUACGCAUUUCUGUAAAUGAAUUGGCAAAGAGAAUUAAAUUACUUAACGAUAAUACGCGAGUUAAUCACGUGGAAACAAGGUUUAAGGAAAAUCUUUUGAAAAUCAUACAUUCUUACCACGAUAUAUUCCGUUUACCAGGCGAUCCUUUACCUGGUACACACCUCGCCCAUCACAAAAUCACACUUAAAGAGGAUAAAAUAAUCAAUACACGUUCAUAUCAACCACCAAAAUGCCACGAGAUAGAAGUAUCUACUCAAAUAGGAGAAAUGUUUGAUGCUAAAAUCUUACGUCAUUCAAACUCGCCGUACAACUCUCCGGUGUGGAUAGUACCGAAAAAAACAGAUGCUUCGGGAAAAAAGAAAUGGCGUGUCGUAAUUGAUUUUAGGAAAAUUAACGAAAUUACGGAUCAAGAUUCAUACCCGAUACCGGUCAUAGACGAUAUCAUUUAUAACUUAGGAAAUGCUAAAUUCUUUUCAGCCUUUGACCUUAGCUCAGGGUUUCAUCAAGUACCCAUGGAAGAAAGUUCCAAGAAAUUUACUGCUUUUUCGACACCUGAUGGACACUUUGAGUUCGAAAGAAUGCCUUUCGGACUAAAAAAUUCCCCCGCAACAUUUCAAAGAAUGAUCAAUACAGCAUUAAAUGGUCUAAUUAACAAAAUUUGUAUGGUAUAUUUGGACGAUAUUGUUGUGUAUGGUUCAUCUAUAGAGGAACACAACAAAAACUUAGUACUUCUUUUCGAAAGAUUAAGACACACGGGUUUAAAAUUACAACCUGAUAAGUGUGAAUUUUUAAGACCUGAAUUAGAAUAUUUAGGACACUUAGUUACCAAAGACGGAAUCAAACCUAACCCCAAUAAAACGAAAGCUGUAUCUGAAUUCAAAGUCCCACAUAACCGUACUAGUUUAAAAUCAUUUCUAGGUCUUUCUGGAUAUUACAGAAAAUUCAUAAAAAAUUAUUCCACAAUUGCUAAACCUCUUACUGAACUCACAAAAGAAUCGAAACAAUUUAUUUGGACCCCUGACUGUCAAAAGGCGUUUGAUACUCUAAAACUGUCCCUAUGCCAAGCACCGGUACUGAAAUAUCCAAACUUCGAAAAAGAAUUCACUUUAAUAACAGACGCAUCUAACGUUGGUUUAGGAGCCAUUUUAUCUCAGGAUGGCCACCCCUGCUAUUAUAUCUCAAGAACACUUAAUGCACCGGAACUAAAUUAUACUACCACAGAAAAAGAACUUCUCGCCAUUGUAUGGGCAGUUCAAAGAUUCAGGCAAUUUUUAUUAGGUCGAAAAUUUAAAAUUCUUACCGAUCAUCAGGCAUUAAAAUGGUUAUUUAAUGUAAAGGACGCAUCUUCAAGACUAAUGAGAUGGAGACUGAAACUAGAGGAAUACGACUACGAGAUUCAAUAUAAAAAAGGGUCAGAAAACACAGCAGCUGAUGCUCUUUCACGCGUUCAUCAUGUUAACAGCAAUGACCACUCACCACCACUGAACUCAACCGAAUUCGACUUAGAGUCGGAACUGCCGGAUAUUGAAAUUUCGGACACACAAUUAGAACGAGAAUUAAAUACACCAAUACCUGUAAUUCAAAACACACCUAAUAGAGAGAGUGUUGCAAAUGAAUUUACUGAUGUGCAAGUUAUAGACACUUAUCAGCUGUCUUCUGAUUGGGGAGAGACACAAACUAACACAGAUAACAUAUCACAAAAUUCUAAUGUGCCACCUAUAACAGAAGAAGAUCAACAGUUAUACAAAGACUAUUACAAAUGGUUCACGAAUAGAACCGAAACCAGAGAAGUGGAAAAACCUAAUGCUAAUGGAAAAUUAUGGAAAGCAUUCCAAAAACGACAAACUGAUGAUCCUGACAUUAGAAUUUUACCCCCUUUUAAUGAAAAAAAUUGGCUCAAAAUAUUAAACGGCACUGCAAUUUGGACAUUAUCAAAGAGAUUGAGUAUUUUGAGAAUGCAUUUUAACGAUCCAACUAUUACGUCUACGGAAAAAAUAAAGUUAAAAAUUUUAAUAUCUUUUAUCAGUUAUAAAUAUCCUGAACUGAAAAUACUCACGUGUUACAAUCCCAAUACUGAAUUAUCUGCAGUUGAAAGAAGACAGAUAAUCGAAGAAAGUCAUGGUUCAGUGAUGGCUCUCCAUUUUGGAGAAAAUAAAUCUAUCCAGAGAGCUCGUGAGUUAGGAAUAUGGAAGAAUAUGGAAGUCGAGAUAAUAGAUUUUAUAAAAAAGUGCCAUACAUGUCAAACCCAAAAGUUGACUAGAAUUAAAAGAAAAUCCGAAGCAAUAAUACCAGAUACGCCUGUCGAACCAAACGAUAAAAUUGCAAUGGAUAUUUUUGGACCGUUACCGAUUACUUCCGAAGCCAAUGAAUACAUUCUUUCCAUACAAGAUAUGUUAACAAAAUACAUAAUAUUAAUUCCGCUAAAAGACGUGCGAUCGGAAACAAUUAUCGAAAAACUAUUUGAUCACUACAUAUACACUUUUGGCUCACCUAAACACAUUUUGACGGAUCAAGGACAAAAUCUAGUUUCCGAGUUAAUGCAAAAUUUUGAGAAUUUAUUCAAAAUUAAACAUGUGAAAACUACCACUUUUCACCCACAGAGUAAUGGAAGUUUGGAACGCACGCAUGGUACAAUCAAAGAUUUAAUUAGGACGGCGAUGACAGAUCUUCACACGGAAUGGGAUAGAACACUACAAUUUAUAUGUAUGGCUUACAACACUAUGCAACAUGAAGGAACGGGGUUUAGUCCUUUUCAACUAACUUUUGGACGAAAUGCUAAUAUACCUUCUAUUUUAGCCACUACCCCUAGUCUUAAAUACUCUGAAUUAGUUAAACUUUGGCAAGAGAGACACGAAAGAUAUAUCGGUAAAGCUCGAGAUAAGAUUCAACAGUCCAAAGAAAAAUAUAAAAGGAUACAAGACGCAAAAAUAAUCCUUCCACAAAGACUUUUUGAGAUAGGAGAUUUAGUAAUGAUAGUAAACAAUAAAGAAAAUAAGCUAAGUCCUGAUUGGAAAGGUCCUGCAACCAUUCUGAAAAUAUUGCCUAACAAUAAUUACGAGAUUAUAUUUAACAAUGAGAGGACGAAUAUUCACGCUGACAGACUCAAACUUUAUAAUUAUUAA